CUUGUUUUUUAGACAACGAAUCUUAAGAAGAGGCGUUUCUUUCUCGCCAAGCCAAGCCAAGCCAAGCUCCAAUCGAAGAAAGCAUGAAGCUUCGGAUCCGCUCCAUGGCGACGAAGGAGACCCUGAGGAUCGAAGCCCCCGAUUCCUGCUCCAUCAACCAUCUCAAAACCCUCGUCGCUCGCGCCCUCUCCACCGCCGCCUCGACUUCCUCGAUCUUGCCGGAGUCGGUUCGCCUCUCCCUCAACCGCAAGGACGAGCUUUUCGCCUCAUCGGACCAGGACUCCCUUCAAGCUAUCGGGCUCACUUCUGGCGACCUCAUUUACUUCUCGAUUGCCUCCGACUCCCAAACACUAGCCCCGUCGGCGACCUGUCGCCCCUCUCCAAUGGGAAUAUCGAAUCUUCAUCCGGUUUCGCUAAUGGAUAAUCUCGGGGAUGACGGUGAUGCAUCGGUAAGCCUUCGAUCUGUGAAUCUAGCUCUAUUGUCUUCCCCCGUCCAUGCUUCGAAGGUAAAUGCAGAUAGCUCGAGUAUUGGGCAAGUUUUGGUUCCAGAUAAUUCCACCGCCAUAGCCACAGAGCCGAUUGUAUCUCAACUAGAGGAAAUAAUUCAAGAAGAUGACAAAAUGGAGGUAGACGUAGAGGACAUGAUAACGGGGAAGUCUUUCUCGGUUCCUUGUUUUCUUGAGAGGGUUAUGGAAGCCGAGAAGGGGGAGACUGAGGGCAUUUUGGGGCGGCUUGUGAUCACCAUCCAAGCUGUUUUUCUUGAGUCAGGCUUCGUAGUUAAUGAUGGUGGAAGUGGCUAUGGAUCUCGAUUGCCUGAAGGAUGGUCAUCAAAAGCUUCUAACUUUUCAAUUCAUUACACUCUUCCUGAACUCACAGAAGCCCGUGAUGGAAGGAACGCCAAGGCAGCCAUAUUGAGGUUCUCGGUGAUGGGGAAUUAUGCCACGGUUUAUGGAUUCCUGAGUGGAGCUCAUCCGGAUGUUUACCGAGUCUGUUUUGAUCUGCCAAAGUUGGCACCUAUAUUGUCCUCAUCAUUUGAUUCCCUCAGCGGAUCUGAAGAAGAAGAGAUUUUUGAACUGUGGAAGGUUGUCAAGGAUAUGCUCUCGUUGCCUCUUCUCAUUGAUCUCUGUCACAAGAAUGGAUUGCAAUCGCCAGCUUGCUUUAUGCUCCUUCCUACAGAUCUUAAGAUCAUGAUUUUCGAGUUCCUUUCAGGCAUCGAUGUUUCUAAGGUUGGCUGCACUUGUUCUGAGUUGAGGUAUCUAUCAUCAAAUAACGAUCUUUGGAAGAAGAAGUUUCUUGAGGAAUUUGGGGAUGUUGAUGAAAGGUUACUUAUAGGAAGAAGCUGGAAAGAUAAAUAUGCAAAUUACUGGGUGAGAAAAAAGAAUGCUGACAAGAGGACUGAAAGGAACAUAUUUACUAUGCGGAAUACGCGGUUUGACCCAUUUAUUCCACAAAGAUUUCCGAUGAUGGGGGGAGAUUAUGACAGGUUCCCUGAAAUUGGCAGCAUGAUUCCAGGUGGUCCGAGAUUGGGAUUUGCACCUCUUCGGGGUCGAAGGAACUUCUCCCCUAAUUGCAACCUCGGAGGCAAUGAGCCAGGGUUCCUUGGGUAAAAUGCUUUCAUCUUAGUAGUUGUUCAAUAAGGCGAUACAUUGCAUAGUUUUUACCCUCUUCUUAUUCAUAGAUGCUUUCAGUGGUUCAUUCUGUUCAUGAGUUUGCUAGGGAAAUAGCUGCUUUUGCAUGUAUAGCAUAUCAACUGAACUCAGUUUCUGAUUUGUCUUUCCAUCAACAAUGUUUUAUAUACAAGUCAUGUUUUGGAAAUGCAAUAUGCAAUAUGGCACUGAGUAUUCUGUUCUUUAA